GGUGAACUUCGUUUAUUGAGAUGAGAAACAUGUGGGAUGAUCUUGUACAUGUACAAGAAUCCAAGGGCUUUAAGGUUACAAGAUAUAAGUAGAAGGGUUAAAGAAAUUUUAAAAAAUAAAAGCUGAAUAAACAUGUGAUGUAAGUAUGUAAUUGUAAUCUCUCGAGGGCUUCUGUUCGGUUGAAUUUCAAUCAUCCGUUGUGUUGUGUGUUGAGUGCCUUUCUCCUUCUCGUUGCGUCGGAAUCUGCAAUUCUCAUAAAUUUGGCGGGAAAGAUGUCGGGAAAAGGGGCAAAAGGCUUGAUUAUGGGAAAGGCCUCUGCCGGCAACAAAGACAAGGACAAGAAGAAACCAAUCUCUCGCUCCUCCCGAGCCGGCCUUCAGUUCCCUGUGGGUCGGAUACACCGCCUUUUGAAGUCAAGGACUAAUGCACAUGGGAGAGUUGGAGCUACUGCUGCUGUGUAUUCAGCUGCUAUUUUAGAGUAUUUAACUGCAGAGGUGUUGGAGUUGGCUGGAAAUGCAAGCAAAGAUCUCAAGGUGAAACGCAUAACUCCCAGGCAUUUGCAGCUUGCAAUCCGUGGUGAUGAGGAACUUGACACCUUGAUUAAAGGGACCAUUGCUGGUGGGGGUGUCAUCCCUCACAUCCAUAAAUCACUCAUCAACAAGUCAACCAAGGAGUAGUUUCAAGUGGAUUAUGGCUGCCUAUAUUUGUCAGACUCAACUCAAAAUAUGGGAACCAAUUUCUCAUCCUCUGAUUAAAUUAAUGGAUUUGCACUCCACAGCUAUUAAGCGGGGUUAUACAUUUAUCUGUUUUUUCCUUAUGCUUGAUCUUUGGUUGCUGAACCUGGUAUGUUGGUUAUGACAUGUUGUGGAUAGUGACAUUCUCUAACAAGUUUAAUCUUUCUGUGGUAUUAAAAGGUUGCCAUGAAUAUUUGCA